CUUCCCCACCCCACCGCCCCAAAAUCCUCCACCCCCACCAAUCGGCCGGAAUCGCACUCUUGAAGUAAUGGAACCCACAAACGGCCCUGCCAAAAUCUUGCAUUGUAACAUCCGGCGCCGUAUCACGUAGAUUACGUUCUUGUGGUCGAUGGGGAUUGGUGUGAGAAGGUGAGAGGAUUCCGGCCGAGUGCGACUUUUUUUGCCGGCCACCAUUCACCGUCCCUCACCAACCCCAAACAUUGGCAGCAGCUACACGCCACCUGCCUGCCUGGAAACCGCCGUGCCACCCACCUGUUGUCGUGCUCGCGCGAUUGAAUUUACGGUCGCGUCAGACACCUAGCGACUGAGGCCAUCCCCUCCUCACCAUCCUCUCAUCAACUCGAUCACCAUUACCCAGCAUCCUUGACAUUUCAAGCCCCCAUGACCGCUGACGUUUCACUGAUUGGAGUUUUUGUUUGUGUUGAUUGUGGAGUUGGUUUGGUAGAGCCCACUUGGCCGAGAGCGAUUCCGGCCAAUUGGUGUGAAAAGAGAUCAAAGGAGAGAAGAUGGCUUCCCAAGCCCCAUUGAUAGUAUCAUUCGGUGAAAUGCUUAUUGAUUUUGUUCCUGAUGUUUCCGGUGUCGCCCUAGCUGAAUCCAACGCCUUCAUCAAAGCCCCCGGCGGUGCUCCAGCCAACGUUGCCUGUGCCAUCAGCAAGCUCGGUGGUAGCUCCGCGUUCAUCGGCAAGGUUGGGGAUGAUGAGUUUGGAUACAUGCUAAGUGACAUCUUGAAGAAGAAUGGAGUGAAAACUGAAGGAGUGUGCUUUGAUAAGGAAGCAAGAACAGCAUUGGCUUUUGUGACAUUGAAGAAAAAUGGAGAGAGGGAGUUCAUGUUUUACAGAAACCCUAGUGCAGAUAUGUUGUUGAAGGAGUCAGAACUGAACAUAAAUUUGAUCAAGCAGGCCAAAAUAUUUCAUUAUGGAUCAAUUAGUUUGAUAUCCGAGCCAUGCAGAUCAGCUCAUAUGGCCGCCAUGAAAGCUGCCAAAGAAGCUGGCAGUUUGCUCUCUUAUGAUCCCAAUGUUCGUUUGCCCCUUUGGCCUUCUCAGGAUGCUGCCAGAGAUGGCAUCAAAAGCAUCUGGAAUUUUGCUGAUUUUAUUAAGGUGAGUGAUGAUGAAGUGGGGUUUUUGACAAAAGGAGGAGAUCCAAAUAAGGAUGAUGUGGUGAUGUCAUUGUGGCAUGAUAACCUGAAGUUGCUUGUGGUAACUUACGGAGAAAAGGGUUGUGGAUAUUUCUCCAAGCAAUUCAAAGGAAGGGUCUCUGGAUUCUCAGUGAAAACAGUUGACACAACUGGAGCUGGUGAUUCUUUUGUUGGAUCGUUUCUUUUCUCUGUGGCCAAAGAUCCCAAUAUUUUGACAGAUGAAGGGAAACUGAAGGAGGCUCUAAUGUUUUCAAAUGCUUGUGGAGCAAUUUGCACUACUCAGAAAGGGGCAAUUCCUGCACUUCCAACUCCUGCUAGUGCCCAAGAACUCAUCAACUCUAGCAAAAAAUAGAUUGUUUUCAUGCCUUAGUUUAAUUUCGUUUUUUAAAUUGUCUAUAAUAAUUUCAUUUUUGCUUUGUCUAUAAUAAUCUUAUUUCUCUUCA